AUGAGUAAAAGCAGUAUUGAAGAAUAUCUGAAAGAGAGUGUGAAGAGUUAUCAAGCUUGCCAUGUCAAGAACUCUGCUAGGAGAAGUUCACUCCAAAAGAAAACCGAAGGCAUUGAAAUGGCAAGGAAAAAGAUGACCACACAUAUGGAAAGAGAAGAAAAAUUAUUAAGAAGACAAUUAUCUAAUAUGCAGUUGGAUCAAAUCCGACGCGAGAUGACAAGUCCUUUACUGGAAGUAAGAAGAUCUGAAAGUCUUACAAGACAGAGAACAAGAAAAAUAUCCAGUAUUACAUCCAGAGAACUUCAAGCUGGUUAUAAAGGAUUAAUACUAGAAGAGCAUAUCAUAAAUUCAUUUAAUUAA